CUUCACUCAUGCAGUGGGCGGUCCGCGCAUGAGAGAAAACCCCCGUUCGCGCUCCGUCCCGAUCAUCACAGUCCUCGCAGACCCGGGACAUCCAUCCAUCUAUCCAUCCGUCCGCCCGCGCGCAUACCCACCCACCCCUCAAACCCAAACCCGGAGCGUUUCAUGCGCGAUCGGAGGCGAUGCUGGAGUCCGGCGGCGGCGGCGGCGGUGCGCGUGUGCUGAAGGAGGGCGCGCUGGAGAAGCGCAGCGACGGGCUGCUGCAGCUGUGGAAGAAGAAGCGCUGCGUGCUGACCGAGGACGGACUGAUGCUUCACCCACCCAAACACCACCACCAGCACCACCACGACACCGGCUGCAAGGUGAAGGAGCUGCACUUCGCCAACAUGAAGACGGUGGACUGCGUGGAGCGCAAGGGGAAGUACGUGUACUUCACGGUGGUCAUGUCGGAGGGCCGCGAGAUCGACUUCAGGUGCCCGCAGGACGAGGGCUGGAACGCGGAGAUCACGCUCCAGAUGGUUCAGUACAAGAACCGCCAGGCGAUCCUCGCCGUCAAGUCCAGCCGGCAGAAGCAGCAGCAGCUGCUCGUGGUCUCCGCGCAGAAGAUGGUCCGAAACGCGCAGUAGGACGGACGGACGCCGGAGAGCCGCGGAGCCCCGUCCGGUGCUGAGCUGUGGGCUCGACAUCGACGGACGUUCCCCCGCGCGUAAAAAAGCGGGCUGGAUGCGCACUACGGCGCUUUUUUAGUGUCACCUUGUGCACUUGGACGCGCGCACGGACGCUCUUCAUGCAUUGAAAGACAUCACGGAUGAAUUACCACCGGGAAUAUCUCCUCAGAGACUGUACGGGGCGCCGGGGCAAGUUGUCACAGUGACGUUCAGAGUCAAACGUUCGUUUGCAUGAACGCUUGCAUUGGUUGCACGUGCUGCUUUCAAACAUAUAGUACGAAGCAGACUUAAAUCUGGGUUAGUUUUGUGAAUUCUGCCCUCUAAAUGAGAAUUGUAAUGAUUUUUUGGGGGUAAUAGGCCUUUGGUAAACUGUAAAACCGCAAUGGGAUUUAUUAAAGUAAGAUUUAAAUAUUUAGGGGCUGAUUUCAGGUAAAUGGGACACUUUUGUCAUUGUGAUGACUGGGAAAAAAUGUCCCAAUUAUCCUGAAUUAACUCCUGAUUAAGCUAGAUUGAAACCUAAUUUUUUUCAAAAACCUAAUUUAAUUUUCAAAAAAUGUCAGGUUGGGGUAAGUCGUCACAACAUAAUUUUAUUUUUUUGGGUCUUUCUUAAAUAGUUUUACUUUUUCACUAUUUUUAAAAAAUAAUUAACUUUUUUAACUUGAAAAUAUUUUAUACUUUUUUUUUUUUUUUUUUUUUUUUUUUUAAGUGGGACACUUUUGCCAUUGCGAUGAUUGUGAAAAAUGUCCCAGUUAUGCAGAAUUAACCCCUAAUGAAGGUGGACUUGAAACCUCUUUUCAGGACAAGGGUAUUUUCCAAAAAUGUCAUGUUGGGGCAAGCGGUCACAUCAUAAUUUUGUCAUUCUAAAACUUUUGCUCUUUUUUUGUUUUUUUGGCUCUUUCUUGAAUUGUUCUGCUUUAUAUAAUUAUUUUAUUUUAUUUUAUUUUUUUUUUUAAAUAAUUAACAUUUGUUUUUAACUAGUUUUUUUUUUUUUUUUUUUUUUUUUUUAAAGUGGGACACUUUUGCAAUUGAGAUGAUUGUGAAAAAUGUCGCAGUUAUGCAUCGUUAACCCCUAAUGAAGGUUGAUUUAAACCCUUUUUUUUUUUUUUCAA